AUGUGGCCGGUGGCUUUGCCACCGAAACCCUUGGGGGACCCAGCUCCAGUUGGCAGCGUGGAGGUACGCUUUCCGCGCCAGAAGUCCUUGCUGGGGAGCUUUCUGCAGGUCUUCAGUGAGCUUCUCUUUACAUCGUACUUUUUCUUUUGGCCCGUCGGUACCGUGCUUUGGCUCGCCCUGUCUCCGUGGGCCAGCGGGGUGUGUUCAUGGAAGGCUUUGUGGUCCUUUUCCACUCUUUACACCAUACAGCUGUUUGUGUACAGGCCUCAUCUCAAGAAGGGCUGGCCGUAUCGAUGGUUGCUUCAUGGGCCCCUGGUGGAUUUCAUUCUGUCCUAUCAUGAUGCCACCGUGAUCAGGGAAGGACCAGCCCCUGAUCCUAAGGGUAAAUACCUUUUUGCAAUGUAUCCCCAUGGUGUCUAUGGGGUUUGCCGUGCAUUUUCUGGCGGCAUCGGAUGCUGGCAAACCUUGUUCCCAGGCAGGUCGUGUUGGGGCAGCUUCGGUGCAGCUUUCUUCCUGCCAGGCAUUCGUGAGAUGUCACUCUUUUGCGGAUGUCUAGAUGCAUCGAAGCCGACCCUGGAGCGUGCGAUCUCUCGAGGCGAGAAUCUCAUUCUUCUUCCUGGAGGCAUCGAUGAGAUGAAUCUCACAGAUGGCGAGUCAAAGGACACGCAGCUGGUCAUGACGGACCGAAAAGGCUUCGUGAAACUCUCCAUCGAAAAUGGCCUGGACAUUGUGCCAGGGUUCUGCUUUGGUGAAAAGUGGUUGCGUGGCCGUGGGCUGACCUUGAUGGGCUUCCUGGACCCUCCGUUGGGUUUCGUUUGGGGUCAGCCCAUCAAGGUCAGACAGCAGAAGCCAGUUGACGAGAAGUACCUUGACGAGGUUCAUCAACAAGUUGCUGAGUCUGUCAGCGACAUCUUCAAGCGGUACAAGGUGGGCUGA